AUCGGACACGAACGAGGGGUGGGAGUCAUGUUAUGCAGGACAAAAUGAAUGAUUCUCUACGUAUCUAUAAAAAUAUUAGACUAUCUACUAUCGUACUAGACCACUGCUCUACAUCGUCACUCUCACUUGUAGUUGGAGUGGGCCACUCAUGUUGCUCUCAAUCCUAGAACUAUACAGUUGAAAAGACUAACUUGGGGGUCUCUAAAAACUUUAUUUUUCAGAGUAACCUUAUGAUCCAUUGUCAGCCAUCGCUCGCCAUUGUCAGACCCUAUCGUGAAUCAAUGCUGAUUUUGCUAAGAUUGUCUACGUGUCUGUCAUACUAGACUGCUCUACAGGAGUGGCCCACUCAUGUUGCUCUCAAGUAGAUAGAAGUUUCUGAAACUUUUCUUUUCAGUUGUUCUAACUUCCACCGCAGACGCAGGCGGAGUAGAACAAGACGACGGAGUAGGUCUCGCGACCGUGGUAGGAAAGGGAGGUCACGAUCGCGGGAUCGUAGUAGGAGACGGAGACGCGAUGACAAGCCUUCUGCAUCAAAUGGUGCUGUAGCAAACGCAAAUGGCUCCAAUAAUGGUACAACUAGCUGCAAAGACCACCUCCAUCAUCAUUCUUCCUCGUCCUCCACAUCAGCAGGCCACAACAAGUUAAUAAGGCCUCCCUCUAGCUUGCGCAAAGACCCUAUAGCAUUGGAGGGAUGGUACCAGAAGCAGCGGUUGUACAGUUAUAGAACUGUCCGGCCUCUCGUCUUGCAAUACCACGGUCCGAUUGAAGGAGGAUUUUUGAAGAAUACUAGAAGUAAGGCUUUUCUUCCCUCAGCAUUACUAGCUACAUCUUCAAGCACUACUAAAAAUAGUAGUACAAACACAACUUCUAGCUGCACACCAAGUAGUACAACAAGUACAAGUAGUUCUAGUACAACUCCUAUGCUAGCUCGCCGUUGUCCUUUGUGGGAAACUCUGUAUGAAAAACUGCCACAGAAACCUGGGGACAAGACCAUAGAGCCUGUGGGAGAAGGUGCUUAUGGCAAAGUCUAUAAAGCACGGAACAGACUGACAGGGCAGAUUGUCGCAGCAAAAGUAACGAAUCGGAUACACGACGAGCACGACGGCGUGACGAUUGCUUUCAUGCGUGAGCUGCAGACUAUGAGGAGACUGGCUUGUGAUGUGGAAGAUGCUGUGCAGGAGCAAAGUAAAGAUGCUGCUGACAACAGUAAGGAGGGUGGGACAAAUUCGAAAAGAACUUCCACCUCAGGUGGUGCUGGACAGAAUAAGUCUGCUCCUGCUGCUGGAACCAGUACAACUACAAGUACUACUACAGCCUCUACAGCUGCUUCAACAUCUUCAGGAGGACCCACCCCUUCUUCUUCCUCCUCAGCUUCAUUUACAAGUAGAAGAAAGGCGGCCACUAAGAGUUGUGUGCAGAUGGUCGAAACGUGUUGCUCCCCACAGGGAGAGCCCGUCAUUGUGAUGGAGUACUGCCACGCAGCAUUGAACCAGCUGUUACAGAGUGAGCAACACUACCUGAGCAUGGCCAAUAUCAAAUUUCUGGUCAAGCAGAUCCUAGAGGGAGUUGGUUACAUGCACUCUCUAGGGAUAUUACACCGAGAUUUGGCGACGAAGAACAUCCUGUUCAACAUAUCGGGAGAAAUCAAGGUAUACCUAUCUAUGAUGUAUACAACUACAACCCUACUUCUUCUAGUUUGGAAAAUAUCCUAAAUUUUAAAUAAAAGCAAAAGUCAGGAAAAGGCGACCUUUUUUUCGAUUGCCGAAGAGGUGGGCUGCCGAAGGUACUGUAAUCGUCGUGGUAGUCGUCCUACUUCUCGUCGCGUAUUUUUCUACUGACUUUCUCCUGUACUUGUUUUCUCAACACCGGUCUUUGUCAUUCUUUGUUCUCUCAAAGCUGCAGCUGCCUUCUAAACUAUGUACCCGUCGUGUGCAUUUUCGUGCACCAAAAAUCCCGGAUCGCAGUUCAGUUUUCUCCGUUUUGCUUUUGCCGACCACAGAUUUACAGUUUAUCCCCUUCGCGCGCGCCCUUCUCUGUUGGUAUUCGAAAAAAAGGAGACCAACAUACUACUUGCGCUUUUCCUGGUCUUUCUCGCUCUACUUCUUGUUUUGGUUCUUUCUCGCUCUGCGCUUAUUGGUCUCCUUUUUUUCGCCAGGUGUGUGAUUUCGGUUUAAGUCGCGUAGCAUACGCAGAAUGGCCUUCGGACAACAAGACAAUAACGAAUGCGCAGGUCAGAAGCAACCACCACAAGAACUCAACCUCUCCACCUACAACAUCUCUGCAAUUAGUGAAAGCAAGAGACCUUGAACCCCCACAAGUGAUAGUGACACCUUCUUAUCGAAGCAUCGAGCUUCUGCUGGGCGAGCGCAACUAUGGCCCUGCACUCGAUAUCUGGGGCGCUGGAUGUACGAAACUUCUAUGACCUAGAACUUCUUAGUGCUGUUGAUAAUUCGUCACGUUUUCUGAAACCUCCUAGUUCCUCGAGGAGUUAUUUUUUGAGUGCAGCUGGUGACGUGAAUAACAAAACAAGUAGAUUCUACUAGAAGAAGAACCAGAUGAAGAACGCGAUCAUGAACGUUAUCUUUCAAAGUAAAAGACUACCUUAUGGAUGUGGAAUCCCAACACCUCUUUUUUUCCGACCGAUCGAAGAGGAAAAGACUUAUGAAGAGUUCACUCGUUAAUGAUGUGCUUCCUACAUAACAACUACAACGAUAUUAAGUACAUAGUGGAAACCUACAACAACACAACAUCAUGAUAAGUACUUAGAAUACAGUCAGCUUCAGUUCUUUGUGUUGUAGGUUUAUUUAAACCUAACACUCCUGGCCUAGUUGUACCACCCAUCAUGGGGAUAAUCAAUCCCAAAACGAAAACUCUCCCUCUCCAGGCAUCCUCGGUGAAAUUUUGGUUGCGAAAGGUGUAUCCUCAGCGACGCAUUCAGCGCGCAGGCCGUUUUUCUAUGACACCGAGAAGUGGGAGAAAGGGCGUGUAAAAGUAAACGAGCAGUCGUUUGCCUCGUUCAUUUUCCAGCGCUUAGGAAGGCCAACGGCAAAAAGCUGGCCUCGCUAUGAGCACUUGCUGCGGAACUACUCUGGCUUCGAGAACUUCGAUUCGAUGAUCAAGGGUGUACGCAUGCACCGGGAUCAACUGGUUGAUGAAGUAGGGAGGACUUCUACUGAUAAGAAACCAGCAGCACCAUCAAACAGUAGUACCUCCUCCAAAGGCACGGGAAAACUACAAGGUAGCAAACCAUCUUCAAAAGACAACUCUCAGAGUUCAAACACCACUUUCUUCCUCAACAACGAAGCUGUGCAUAUGAAGGAACUUUUCACUGUCGGAACCUACAAACAAGUGCUGUUCCAACUGGCCGUUAAAGACUCACUGUUUUCCCUUCUUGGGCACAUGCUAGCCUUAAAUCCCGAUAGAAGAUGGUCCGCAGAAGCUUUGAUGGAGCAUCCUUGGUUUACGGAGAAGCCCGAACCAGCAUGGGAGAAGGACCGCUUCGCAAACAAAGUCGACGUAGAUGAUGGCGCUAAAGCGACAAGAGAAGUUAUGUUGAUGUACUAGUGCUGUAGUAAUGACUCAUUGUUCUCUACUUACAUUAUACAUAAUCAUGAUCCAUUACUAAUGAGAAUGACCUUAAUCUUAAUCAGGAGAAUUUUUCUUGUACUAGAAGUAGAAGAAGAUUCAUAUCGCCCCGCAUGGAACAAUUGGAAGCUGCUUUUACUCAUCCUGUAGAAGAUUUUUUGUAAUUACUCAGAUCUAUCUAUCAUUCCACCCAUACAAGUACUGUUAGCAAGCCCAUAGAAGGCGUCGUGUAUCUGACUCAAGCAGGAACUACAACAACCUGUUGUGUGCUAGUCACCGCACUAGCCGAGCCACGAGUCGUUGAAGCGAAGCAAAUGACGCGCUUAUGUUUACAACCGGUCACCACAGAACGCAAUGAGGCCCCAUUAAAAAGUUACAAGAUGUUGACCUCUCGCUCUCCACCUGCCUCCCCCUCCUCUAAGCCAUCCGAAAAGAAGAGAGAACUGCUGCUGAAACAGCUUCAAGAUGGAGGCUCUGGCGGUCCUCCCCAACAGCAGGACGCAACCUCGAAAAUGAUGCGCAGUACCAGUCCUAUGAAGUCCGCAGGAAUAGGCAGUAGCUCCAAACUUGGCGCUUUGGGUUCUGCUUCAAAGACUAUGCUCGGUGGCGUACUACCUGGUGCUCCUGAUUUGCUUGGAUCAACAACGACAAAGACAAAUCUGACGACUUCUUCAACGAUUCCUCCUUCUUCAAACAAUGAGAAUGUUAAGAGUCCUUGGUGCCACAUUUAUUUUGCGUCUCAUGUUGUGGAGAAUGCAAAAUAGAUGUUGUCUGAACAUCAACUUCUAAGACGUCGAGUAGCAAAUUUUUAUCACGUAGUGGAAAGCCUUUGCCACCGAAUUGGCAAAAGAUGUUUUCCAAGUCCAGCGGGAAAUGGUACUACGCGAACGUGAAAACUUGUGCCGCACAGUGGCAAACGCCAACGAAAUGAAGACACCAACGACAUGAGAUCGAGGCUCUACUUGAUCGUUUUCUUCAUCCGGAGGACGGAGAUGAUGAGUUUAAGUAGAUUUUUUUAGAGUUGGGAAUAGUUGUGAAAGACAUACUAGUACCAUCUUGUAGAUUUAUACUGGGAGUGGGACUGGUUGUCCUUGUUUUGGUGGAGGUCUUACUACUACUUCUAGAAGAUGUUAAAGGCUGUCCUUUUCCGUUUCUCGUCUUUGCGUGUCAGAUUCUUUUUGAUACAAUCUGAAGGUCAUGCAACAUACUUCCCCAGUAAUCAUCAUAAAUUCAAAUUUUCCCUUUUUCCCGAGUCUCUUCUGCUUUCCUCCGAGCAGAGUCUUUUUCUUUCCUCUCCCUCGAAUCCCAAUUUUCAAACCCUCACCCUGCUAAUUCAAAGUUUUUAGCACAUCGGGCUCUCGGGUUCUCCAGAAUUGUGUCAGUCUACUUUUAGUUCUACAGACUACAUAUGUGCACAAGCGACUCAGCCUGAUGUUUCAUUAUCAUGCAAGAACAUCCUGAUCUUUCUUUCAGACUGAAUCAAGAAACGAAAAAUCAAAACCUUUCAGACUGUGCCGAUGCACAAUGUUUCUCUUUCUGCUCUCAUCGUUGCUGCGACACUGAUCCAC